AUGGCUUCGACCUUUAGACGCACGCUCCCGUCGCCGUACGGUGGCGUAUCUUACCUCUUGACGAUAUUCCUUUUCUUCGUAUUUACGACAGGCGCGAGCGCCUUUGGAGCUGGAACUACAUCUUCCGAUGACUGCAAGUGGCGACAUGGGGAUAUCGAGAAUGCGUUGCUGGGACUUAUGCUGGCCAGGACGGCUGGCGGGACGGCCUUCACGAGAAUGGAUGUUAAGAGAGUGUACUUUGGCAACUGGCUACGGGAUUAUUCGCAGAUUAUGGAUGUUGCUUUUCUAAAAGUUGUUGGGCCAAACGUGUUAAGGACGCUGGUGGCGCUUUUUGCUUUUAUGACAUUUGGUUAUGGGACUGGAGAAUUUGAGGUUUCGGAUAGUCGAUUGAGCGUUUACCGGCCUGAGGAACAUCUCGAUAAUCCGAAAAACUAUGCCAAUAAUAUCGAUGCGAAGAAGUACGAUAGCAGACUACGGGGGGUAGUGGAUGAGGAUUUGGAACUAUUUCCAGAUGACAGAACGGGCAUGAAAGGAUACAUCGCAAACGAGCGGCUCGGUGUUACUACUACGGCAGGUUAUGUGAGGAAGGCAUUAGGGAGGUGUAUUAAGCUAGGACGACAGCAUGCUCGGAAGAAGAAUAUCAAGGACUUUGACGAUGCGCUUCGGCACCUAGGUGCUGCUUUACAUGCGCUCGAAGAUUUCCCCGCGCAUUCCAACUAUAUCGAACUAUGCAUCCGAGAGCUAGGCGAGAGGGGGGUAUUUCCCCAUGUCGGAACUGCGACUGAGGUGGAAGUCAAGGGGGAGCAAGUCUUCCCGCUUGUCACUGGAUCUUUCGGAACAGUUCACUUCCUUUCAAGUGUCGUUGGCGGCGAUCCAAUGAACCCAAACCUUUCCGAGUUACAGCUUCUGGAACAACAGAUCCUCUCCGCUCUUGAAACCGAUAAUACCCAUGAGGGCGAAAUAAAGGUCCUGAGAGAUUUAUUCGAAGCCCUUCCUAAAGGCCUUCUUAACGAACAAUCGAUCGCGAAUCUCGACCUUCUUGAGGAACAAAGCAAGGAGAGGCAGAAACAAGUACAAACCCGGGCCGACGAUGGGGAACCCGUGGAUCUUGAUGCAAAGGAUCUUUAUGACCAAAUAUACCCCUUUCUGGAGAUGCACGACCGAGUAGUCCGAGAGAUUGUCUACGGCAUGGAAGAAGUCCCUAGUCAUGCUGCCACGUAUGGAAAGAUUCAACAAUCGCUUUGUGUCGUUACAUUUACUCUGAUUGCUCCUUAUAUCCUCCCUGUUCUGCAACAAGCGAGAAUAGAACUAGCGGAGUCAGCGAACGAACUAAUCGCAAUAGCGUCGGAAAAAGAGGGGGAGGUAUUUUCAGAUCCAUACUGCUCCGACCCGGUACAUACGGUUAUUAGCAAAGACAGCGCAGCCAACGUGCUGAGUGAACCGGCCGGUAGAAUAGCAGUUGAAAUUGUUAAGUUUGUGGUCCCAUUGGUUAUGAGAGCAUGGGACGAGCCUGAUAUGGAUAUGGAACCCUUGAUCAACUACAUUAUAGGGGUUUUCCACCACCCGGUUUGCCGAGACGAGCGCAACCACCGGGGUCAAUCUGCAAUGUUUGCCAUUGUGCGUGAUUGGUGGACACUCAAAAGUGAGGAUGAGAAAGACGAAUUGCGUGGCAGUCUGAGUAUGGAUGGUAUAAAAGAAAGUAAAAAUCACCACGGACACGAUACGGGUCAUGGAUCAUCAAAACCUAUAGCCGGUAUUGGAGUCAUGCCUGGAGAUGCGACAGGAACGAUUUUUACAGAGAAGAAGCCCGAAGAGGCGGUUGUGGAGGAGGAGGAAAAGGUUCCUGAAGUUGUAGUGGAGAAAGCUCUAGAAGAAGCCCCUGUAGAGCCUGCAGAACCUGCAGAACCCGCACCAGAAAUAGUUACGGCGGCGGGGGCGGCCGUCGCUGCUGACAUCCCAACUCCCAUGUUGGGUUCACAAGACGGCGGGAGAUCACAUCGAAGGAAACGGGAUCGAGACAGUAGAACACCUCGAGAAAGGGAAGAUAGAGGCUCCCGAAGCCCCGAAAAAAGAGAAAAUCGCAGGUCGAGACGACAUAAUGAUGAGCGCAGUAUCGAUCGGGAACCACCCCCAGCACCAACCCCUCCAGCACCAGUCGAUGAUUACACAGGCCGAGACCCGACUCGAAGGAAACACAGAAGUGGUGACCCUCGGAAUAGCCAAAAUGAGUUCGCGGAGCGAGAACGACACCACCAUCAUCGGCAUCGUGACGAAUUAGAUCGCGCACCCCCUGAAGAGAAGCAGAAGGACGGCACCAAAUCUCGCCUGAGCGCAAUGUUCUCUUCGGGAUUUAACUACCUAGGUUUUGGAGGUGGCAACGCACCUGCCGACGCUCCAGGGUACAAAGCCAAUGGGUCUACAGAAAGGGUAAGAUCUUCAAGGGCAGCGCCUAACGAAGAGAGGCAUAAGAGGCAUAGGCAUAGGCACGAGGGAGGCGAUGACCUACAGCCUUCGCCUCCCCGGCAUAGAAGCUCACGUAGGCGUGAGAGGUCGAAAUCAGACGAAGAUGCCCUUCCUAAGGACGAAGAGGUUCCUCCCGUACCAGUGGUCGAAACUGAACCAGGGCCGCCUGCGCCGGAGGCGCCGGCCCCCAUUGAUCCACCAGAUAGCCCAGAGGCCCCUCCUGCUGCCCCUCCGGAACCAGCCACCCCAAUUGAGGUUGAAGCAGAGGGGGAAUCUGAUAGGAAGCCGUCAAGGAGGAGGAGUUCUCGAAAGAGAGAAGGCCAUAGGAGCAGAAGAGAAGGUGGUGACCCUUCACCUAUACCAGAAGAGGGUAGUGGGUACUUCCAACCGCACCACCCGGAACAUGAGUUGCGACAAGAACCGAAAUCGAAGGCUAGUAAGGUUCUCGGCAUGGAGCCCCCAGACACGAAUGGAGAAUCUGCGCGAAGAAAUAGGACUAGGAGACACACGGAUAGAGAACCCACCGAGAAGAGACGAGUUGAGGAACCUCCACCACCAAGCCGCGGUGGGCUCCUCGGUAGAAUUAUGUCCAAGAGAGACAAAUUCCUUGGCCGUGAGCAGGUAGAGGAGACUCCACGGCCGAUUGAACGGCGGAGAACAGGUGACCGCGGUGACCAUACACAGAGUGAAAGGCGAAAACACCAUUCGCAUGAUGAGGAUGAGAGGAGGCGUAGGAGACAUCGCUCCAUGACACUUCCCGUCCAAAUCGAUCCCACUGACUUCGCCGACGGCCCACCCGCAGAGGAGAAUGGGGUACAAGCUGAGGGCGAAGAGGGUGCCUUAAAAGUUCCAGAUGAGAAAAGUUCCAGAAAUCGAAAGCAUAGAUCAAGUCCAAGCCCUCUACAUUUCGAUGCGCCGUCGGAUGGUUCUGGAUCGGAUGGUCGCAAACCUUCGCGGUCGCCCCGAAGGAGGGAUUCAGCAAUGCCUGAGCUGCAGGAUGUCAGCGGGUUAGGUAUUGACACUGGCGAUGCAAGUGACGCGAAAGCACAUCGACGGCGCCACCGACGAGAGCGAGAUUGGGAUGAAACUCCAACACCCAGUCCGCGAAAAAAGGAAAGGAAGCGACCCGUCAAGGAGGUUAACUUUGAGGACGCAGUCGAAAGUGGUGACGCACCAAAGAAAGAGAAGGCGCGAAGGCAUCACCGGCCAUCUCGUGAAGAAUCGCGAGAAGCAGGUGACGGGAGCGCGGAGAGGCGAAGAAGAGAGAGGAGACGUGAAAGUGGGGUCUUUGGAGGAUAUGAACAACGGGAGUAG